CGCGAGAUCUUCCUACUUCUCCCUCUAGGCUUCCGUAUUUCCAAACGUGUUUGAAACUCGAAGGGUAAAAUAUAUUCUAACCUGCCAUCCUUUUGUCAAAAUUUAUAAGAAACUUUUUCUCUCGCUGCCUGUGUAAGUUCUCUCUUAGGUGCUGUUGUUUGUGCUGUUGUCGGAAUGGCGGUGGUCAUCCAUUUACAGGGGCUCAGAAUCACUGCAGGUUCUGAGGACGUUCGCCAUUUCUUCACUGGCCUCAAAAUCCCAGAUGGUGGGGUGCACAUUAUUGGUGGGGAGAGUGAGGAGGCUUUCAUAAUCUUUGCUUCCGAUGAAGACGCGAGGCGGGCGAUGACCCGUUCGGAGGGAUCCAUCAAAGGUUCUCCGGUUCGCUUACGGCUGAGCAGCAAGUCAGAAAUGCAGGCUGUUCUCAAGCAAAGUAUAAAACCUGAGGUGACCAAAAAGAGGCCGUAUAAGGAAGGUUCCAGAAGACCGGAAAGAGAAGGCAGGAAUGAGGAAUCUAGAAGAAAAGAGCGCGUGGAGAUGGGCAGUAGAUCAGUGUCUUACAGUAACGUACGUAGUCACGCCCGAAAGCCUUUCUCACAGCCAAGCAGUCAAGAUUACUUGUAUUUGUAUAUGCAAGACAUGCCUUUUACUACGACCGAAGAGGAAGUGAGAAGAUUCUUUGACGGAUUAGUGGUGGAGGACAUUAUUAUGAUGAGAAAUGACCGCGGCCAACAAAAUGGGAAAGGAGUUGUCAAGUUCGAAUCCAGACGGGAUGCUAGAGAGGGUCUGAAAAGACAUCGGCAAUACCUUGGAACGAGGUUUGUGAAAGUCUAUGCAAGCUCAGAAAAGCAGUGGGUUAAGGCAGGUGGUGCUAGGGAACCUCCAGACCGUGCUAGGUCUUACUCACCAGUGGCCGACAGGUCUACAAAGUCCAAUUCUCCUGCCAAUGAGGAGUUCUGUGUCUUGGUGGAAAACCUUCCCUACUUAGUGGAGAAGAGGGACAUAAAGGAGAUCUUCCAUCAUGCAGACCUCAAGUAUGAUCAGAUCCUUCACCUCCUUGACAAGUAUGGGUCAGAGACAAGGUCCGCAUUUGUGCUGUUCAGAAGCCUGAGGGACUACGGUGCUGCCUUGACUCUUCACAAGCAGAAAUUUCUGAAACGAAUUGUGUACAUCUCUCCUAUCUCGAAAGAGAAAAUGGUCGCCAUGCUAGAAUCUGGGAAUCUAAUGGAUGGUGCACCACCCUCUAAAAGGUCUUACAGAAGAUCUCAGGAAAGGCUUCCAAGAGAGACCAAGAAGGAUGUGUAUGAAUCUGAUAAGAUUUGCCUGUAUGUGCGAAACCUGCCUUUCGACGUGCGCAAAGUUGAGAUUGUGGACUUCUUCCUAGGCUUCAGGAUCUCAGAGGAGACUGUUGUUUUGCUGCUUGACCAUAAGGGCAAUGGGCUUGGAGAGGCUUUUGUGAUCUUUCAGACUGAGGAGGAGGCUAUGAGGGCACAGUCUCUGAAUGGACAAGGGUUUCUUGGAACAAAUGUCAUCCUGAAAUGCAUUUCUCUGGCUCAGAUGUGUGAAUUUGGUGGUGGUGAACCUGCAGUGACAGAGCAACAGAUGGAGAGAAGCUCAGAGAGGUACUUGGCCAGGAACAGUGAGGCGAUGUCCCAUCUGGACACUGAUUACAGGGUCAACCCUGAUAUAGGCCAUCUUCCUAUGAACGACCUGCAGGUUCAUAUUGAUGGAGGCAGCAGUCUGGGUCUGGAUUCUCACAUGAUGGAAAACCCUGUUCUGCUUGAUAACAGGGGCAAUGGCUCUGCUCAUAGACAUGAAGGCUAUGGACCUUCUGCACCGCAGCAGUUUGAUGAUCCAACAUCCUUGACACUGGUUAAUAUGCCUUUUUCUAUCAGAAUUGAAGAAAUCUAUAACUUUUUCUAUGGAUAUCGUGUCAUUCCUGGAUCGGUCUCAUUGCAGUAUGACAAUGGAGGGCGUCCCAAAGGCUCAGCAACGAUUAUUUUGGAAUCUCGCUCGGAAGCGUUAAUGGCAGUUGAGGAAUUGAGUGGAAGACCAAUAGGCAACAGAAAAGUAAAACUAGUUCUUGUGUGAAAUUUGUCCUCCGUAUAGAACAUAAAAUAACCUUUUUGGGCUUUAAAAUGUGACGUUUUAGGAAGAACAACUCGGACUGUAUUUGGUUAGUUUGGUGGUUCCAACAGAUGGUGACUGAACAAUUUUUGAUUUUAAAAAUACUGUGUGUGUGUGUGUGUGUGUGUAUAGCCUUCUACUCCAUGUGUAACGGACAAACCUUUUGUCUGUUUUUUCCCCCUUAAAGAAUAACAAUUGUUUUUGUAUUUUGCCCAUCGCUUGCUUGCUAUGUAGCCUGUUUCUGAAGCUUUUUCUUUUAGUGAAAUUUGCCUGAAAUUGUAUUUUCUUUAACAGCUGGGUGAAGGUAGAACUUAAAUUUGCAACUAUUAUUUGUUGAAAUGUUUAUUGCAUUAUAUAGUGUAAAAGUUGUCCAUUAAACUUAGUGGAAAUUCUUUGAUUAAAAUGCAUACAUGUUC